CUAGUCUUCUUCUUCAUCAGCUGGACUGUGAAUCCAAUUUUUCCAACUCUAGAGGAAAAUUACUCCCAGUAGAGCAAUUCUUCUCCUUUUGCCUAAUUGGAGCUGUGAGGUUUCUUAUAGGAAAAAAAAUAAUUAAGCAAAUGAAGAAGCUUAUAGAGUUCGGACGAAAGGCGAUGUUCUAUAUUAGGGUUCUCUCAGGAUACGAAGAGCGUAAAAUCCGAUCCUAUCGGUUACAGCUUCAACAACGUCUUCAACAGGCGGAAGAGAGGAAGGCAGCAGUAAGGAAGAUUCCCGAGCAGAUGAUUUUAUCAGAAGUUAGACGCAUGGUGGAAGAGAUGCAAGCUUUAAAUAAGAAUUUAGAAGAUACUGAGACAGCUAUAACUGAUUAUUUCAAGCCUUUAGACCAGCAGGCAGAGGAAGUAGUGAAAAUGCAACUUAAGGGAGAUGAGAAGAGAAAAGAUGAGAUGAUGGAGGCCAUGCAGAAUCAAGCACUUGUUGAGAUGGCUCAAGCAGAGAAACAGAAAAACAUGCAAAUGCUAAACACAAACAAACAUGUCCAAGAGAAAACAUCUACAGAGACACUCAAUCAGAAGUAAGAUAAUUUUGUAGAGUAGUUAAUUGCUUGCGAAAUUGGUACUGUAAGAGUUCAUAUAGUCUUGCUUCUCUGAAGGGCAUUAUUUUGGAAAUGCAAGAAAGAGAAAUCAGGUCCUGUCCUAAGCAUCGGAUGAAUUUGUAACAAUAAGGAGUGACAAGCCUCCAUAGGGAGGAGAUUGGAUUUAGAGUUUACGAGUUCUGAAUUCUAGGAAAUACAACUUAUUCUUGAUAAACUAUUUAUACAUAUUUGAGUGGAUUUUUAACCAC